CGGGACAUAUAUUGGCAACGGAACCACACGGAAGUGAAGCACUGUCGCUUAUGCUGCCACUAACGAUCCUUCGGUUGAUGCCACCCUUGCCCACAAUCUCCCUCAAAUCGUGACCCUACAUUUGACAACAUGACUCAAAAUCACCUACCAGGUAUGGAGUCGUCCGCCAUCUCUGUGCUAAAGCGGGCAGUAGAGUUGGACCAGAGUGGCCGCUUCUUGGAGUCUCUCGUCUGCUACCAAGAAGGCAUUCAGUUGCUGUUAGACGCCCAAAAAGCAGUGAAGGAUGAGUCGAAGAGAGGACAUUACAGGGAAAAGAUAAAAGGUUAUAUGGACAGAGCAGAACAAAUCAAAGCUCAUGUGAACAAGACGAAAGAAGAGGGAAAGUACCACGAGCAGGUAAGGAUAGAGGAGGAUGCCACAGGUUACAGUUACGAGGCCGUCUUCAAGCCGUACAUUAGCGGUGCUCUUACAGAGGUCUGGGUGGAGGAUCCUUACAUACGACACACUCAUCAGCUGUACAACUUCUUGCGGUUCUGUGAGAUGCUACUCAAAGCGUCAUGCAAGGUGAAGACCAUACAUCUCCUCACGUCACCCGAAGAAGAUGGUGGCCAACAGGCAAGCUGCAUGGCCGAGCUGAAGCAGAGCCUCGGUGCUCACGGCGUCGCUCUUGACCUGCGGUACUCCACCUCCAUCCAUGACAGAGAGAUCAGGUUUGAUAACGGUUGGAUUGUCAAGAUCGGAAGAGGGCUGGAUUACUUCAAAAAGCCCAAGGGACGGUUUUCGAUUGGAUACUGUGACUAUGACCUCAGGCAGUGCCACAAAACCACAGUAGACAUUUUCCAUACAAAACACACCAAAGUCCUAUGAGGCACACAGUCACUUACAUUUAAUUACAAUUAUUGACUUGUACAAAUGCAUCUAUUUUUGUUAUGAAUGUCAUAUUGUAAAAAUAUUCAUGCUAAAAAUGUAAUCAAGCAGAAGAUCUUAGAUUUGUAUUUAAAUGAAUGUAAUCUGGUGCCUUUUUUUUUCAUCAUGCUCUUAAAAUGGGGAGAACAGUGGAUAGCUUGGUUGGUAAAAUAUUGUAAAAAUAACAACUCUUAAUAUCUGCAUAUCUCUUUUAUUGUAAAAAUAGAUUUUUUAUUUACACUAAAUUUAUUGAAUUGAUGCCAUUUAAUUUAGAUUUACUUACGAUUAAAUGUGGUAUAAUGUUACACAAUUGUAUUGAAUUACAGUAAGAAUGGUGUAAAUAUAUGUCACUAGUUUGUGAUUUUACAAAGUAUAAACUAAACGUUUAGGUGUCUAUAUAACGUUCUUUUUUUUUUUUUUAUUACCCAAAGCAUUUGUUUGUGUAGGCGUCUCUUAUACUGUGGCCUGUUGACGUUGUCUGGAAAAUGUGUGAAUGAACCAUGAGCCGUGAGAGUUGAAACGGCGUUGUGAUCGGAUUAUCUCUCGGCCUUAAUCUCGAUAUGUCAUCUGCAUGCAUGUGGUCCACCGGGGGAAAUUAUAAUCCCGGAAAGGGGCGCAUGCAUCGAGCAGGAUGGUGGAGCUGCCA